AAUAGCAGUUCUAUGCAGCAAUAAAAACAUACUUCUUUUUCUCUCAUUUCAGGAUUCAGGGUUAAGAUUCCACUAUGUGGCUGCUGGAGAAAGGGGCAAACCACUCAUGCUGCUGCUUCAUGGCUUUCCAGAAUUCUGGUAUUCUUGGCGCCAUCAGUUGCGGGAAUUUAAGAGUGAAUAUCGAGUGGUGGCCCUGGAUUUGAGAGGUUAUGGAGAAACAGAUGCUCCUUCUCACAAGGAAAAUUACAAGUUAGAUUGCCUGAUAGCAGACAUAAAGGAUAUUUUGGAAUGUCUAGGAUACAACAAGUGUGUGUUGAUUGGCCAUGACUGGGGAGGAAUGAUCGCUUGGUUAGUGGCUAUAUGUUACCCUGAAAUGGUGACUAAGCUGAUUGUGGUUAAUUUUCCUCAUCCUUCUGUAUUUACAGAAUACAUUCUACGACAUCCAUCACAAUUGAUUAAAUCUGGUUACUACUUCUUUUUCCAAAUGCCAUGGUUUCCUGAAUUCAUGUUUACACUAAAUGAUUUCAAGGUUCUGAAAAGCUUAUUUACUAGCCAGGCCACUGGAAUUGGAAGGAAAGGCUGCAGAUUAACAGCAGAGGAUAUUGAAGCAUAUCUCUACGUCUUUUCACAACCUGGAGCAUUAACAGGACCCAUUAACCAUUACAGAACUAUUUUCAGCUGCCUGCCUCUGCAGCACCAUGAAGUCAUCAUGCCAACCCUGCUGUUAUGGGGAGAAAGAGAUGCAUUUAUGGAAGUUGAGAUGGCAGAAAUUACAAGGAUUUAUGUUAAAAAUCAUUUCAGAUUAACUAUUUUGUCUGAAGCCAGUCAUUGGCUCCAGCAGGAUCAACCUGACAUAGUGAACAAGUUGAUAUGGACCUUUUUGAAGGAAGAGACAAAAAGAAAAAGAGAAUGACUGUUUGUAUAUGUUUUAAGGGGUCUACAGAAAAGCUCGUCAGAUUUAAAACCUAAUUGUGAUCAGGGCCAUAUUUCCAGCCUGCCUUCUAUUUUGAGCUCUGUUAGAGAAAAGUGUUUUCAUUGUACUGUACAUUUGGACACUAACCUUACAGCUAAAAGAAGUGAGAAUAUAUGGUACCAACAUUGGUUUUACCUGUAUACUUGUAUUUUGCACAUAAAAACACCUGCCUUAAGAUAUAUAUGUAUUUGUACAGAAAGAAGAUCAUGGAAAUUUGCUUGGUUUUGUUUUCUCCUUUGCUUUACAGUUUUAAUGUGUGGUGCCUUUUACAAAUUUAUAUUGAAACAAUAGAGUGGUGCCAUACUGAAGAAAGUCACUAGUUUUCAUUCUAGAUUUGCCUGAAUUUUUUUAAUGUAUUUUACCAUUAAACACUAAGUAACUCUUUUUAUCUAUAUUUUAGCAUACUGAACGAUUGAAAAUUUUCUGGGUACGUUUCUAGUCUUCAAGUGAAUAAUGAUAACGUAUCUUGUUGUAUCGUUGAAUGCAGCUGCUUUGUGCAAUGUGUUUUUCUUUCUUGACUAAAAAAUGGGAAACCUGUACACUCAACACGUCUGAACAAGAAGAAUGGAAAAUUAAGGAGUAACAUGUAUCAAAUUCACCUCUGUCUAAUAAAAUUCAACUUACACU